AUGAAGUUCACUACUCUCGUUCUUACUUCUCUUCUCUCGAGCUACGCUCUUGCUGAUGUUGGCAGUCUUGUUUCUGCCAUCAAGCAACUUCAAACUGAUGUUGAGACUACCGACAAGGAUGUCAAAGGUUUCGACAAGUCUCAAGGUAUUAACGGUGCUUUGAGCAUCCAAUCCACUGAGGGCAAUAUUGAGAAGGAUGUUGACUCUGUCACGUCUGAAGUUAACGGUCUUGGUGAUCUUUCCGACUCUGAUGUUUCUCAAAUUGCCGAUGCUAUCAAGUCUGUUUCUUCCGCUGUCACCGGUCUUCUUUCUGACUUGACUAGUAAGGCUUCUGACCUUAUCUCUGUCGGUACUCAAUCAAUUGUCGCUGGCGACUUGAGCUCUCUUAGUGGAAAGACUUACGAGCUUGAGUCUGCUGCUUACAAGAAGGUUCCUUGUGCCAAUGCUGCUGAGAUUGCCUCUGACUUUGCUCAAAUCAACUCUGGUUUCGAUGCUGCUUUCAAGGCCUACAGUGCCCAGGCUAGUGGAAGCCCCCCUGCUGCUCCUUCUGGAUGUGCUUCUUCCGCUGCUGCUGGUGGUUCCUCUGCUGCCGCUGCUACUUCGGCUGCUCCUGCUUCUAGUGCUGCUGCCACUUCGGCUGCUGCCCCUGCUUCCAGUGCUGCUGCUGAGUCUUCUGCUCCUGCUUCCACUUCCGCUGCCGCCCCUGCUACUGAGUCUGCUUCCAGCUCUGCCCCCGCUGUCGCUGAAGGUGGUGCCGCUGGCUUGAAAGCUGGUGCCCUUGGUGCUGCUGCUGCUGGUGUCGCCGCUCUUUUGUUGUAA